AUGGGAUUCUGCAAGUGGUUUUUGCUUGCAUUUUUAUGUGUUUUGGCAGUGGAUGAUGGAGGUUUGUUGUUGCUCUCUAAUGGAGGUGUUACAAGCUCUUUUGUUAGAAAUGAAGAGAAAAGCAUAGACAUGCCUUUUGAUAGUGAUGUCUUUAGGGUUCCUUCUGGCUAUAAUGCCCCUCAACAGGUUCAUAUAACACAAGGAGAUCAUGUGGGAAAGGCAGUGAUAGUGUCAUGGGUCACAGUCGAUGAACCUGGUUCAAGCACAGUUCUUUAUUGGCCUCAAGAUGGCACCCAAAAGGACCAAGCCACAGGCCAAAUAACCACUUACAAGUACUACAAUUACACCUCUGGUUACAUACAUCAUUGCACCCUCCAUAACUUAGAGUUUAAUACCAAGUAUUAUUAUGAGGUUGGGAUUGAUCAUACAACAAGGACCUUUUGGUUUGUGACCCCUCCGGCAGUCGGUCCAGAUGUGGCCUACACGUUUGGAAUCAUCGGGGAUCUUGGUCAAACAUACGAUUCGAACAUCACGCUUACACAUUAUGAGAUGAACCCUAUCAAAGGAGAGUCAGUGUUGUAUGUUGGAGAUUUAUCUUAUGCUGAUCACUACCCGUAUCAUGAUAAUCGAAGAUGGGAUAGUUGGGCAAGGUUUGUUGAAAGGAGCGUUGCGUAUCAACCCUGGAUUUGGACCGCCGGAAACCAUGAACUUGAUUAUGAUCCUAGCUUUGGUGAAAACAAGCCAUUUAAGCCUUUUCUCCACCGAUAUCAUGUCCCUUUUGAAGCAUCAAGGAGCACCGAACCCCUUUGGUACUCGAUCAAGAGAGCUUCGGCAUAUAUCAUUGUAUUGUCUUCCUAUUCAGCAUACGGAACAUACACUCCUCAAUAUAUGUGGCUUAUGGAAGAGUUACCAAAGGUAAAUAGAAGUGAAACUCCAUGGUUGAUUGUUCUUAUGCAUUCACCAUGGUACAAUAGCAACACGUACCAUUAUAUGGAAGGUGAGACCAUGCGAGUUAUGUUCGAGCCAUGGUUUGUUCAGUACAAGGUUGAUGUCGUGUUUGCUGGUCAUGUUCAUGCUUAUGAACGCUCGAAUCGGAUAUCAAACGUUGCUUAUAACAUUGUGAAUGGGAAAUGCACUCCGGUCUUUGACCAAAAUGCCCCUGUGUACAUCACCAUUGGAGAUGGAGGCAAUAUUGAAGGUCUAGCAACUAUCAUGACGGAGCCGCAACCAAACUAUUCGGCAUUUAGAGAAGCGAGUUUUGGUCAUGCAACGAUGGAGAUUAAAAACCGAACGCAUGCGUACUAUAGUUGGCAUCGUAAUUCAGAUGGAUAUGCUGUUAAAUCAGAUUCAGUAGUGUUCUUUAACCGAUACUGGUAUCCAAAAAACGAGUCUGCCAUUGAAACUUAAUCACUAAAUCAUCCUUUUUAAUAUCUUGACAUGCAAACAACUAAACUUUGUGUUUGAAUGAUGCACCACAUGUAUAUUUGUUGUAAUACUUCAGUUAAAUUGUGUUUCCGGAUCAUAGAGAAAUAAAUUGGAUUAGUAAUUGAUAAUUUGAUUUGUUUA